CGGAUAUCGGAUGUCCCAGAGAUAAGCUAAUCGAGGUCGACUAUGCGACAUCAUACAAGAAAUACACCAUUUACCGCAAAAUAUCUAUGUUAGUUCGUCAAGAACGCACUUUGUUUGUAUCCCUAUAAGAUUCUCCAUCAUCAAAGCUCGGAAAUGACAGUCUUCCUCCAGAUCAUGCCAUCCACAAACAAGGCCAAAGCGGUCUUUGAUAGUGGAAAGAUGGUGUUAUUCCAUAUCAAGAGCAUCAUCCAACGUCAACAGACACAACAUCAAACAAUCGGGAUGCAUAAAUGGCAGAUAGCAAUCAGCCUCAAAUUCACCCCGUUGUCUACCUACAUACCACCAUUACCAGUCAACCCAGCGCAAAAUGUUGAAAUGUAUCGUAGCUCUUAUAUCCUUAUCCUUGACUAUCCUCAUCGUGGCCGGCGACUCGCAGUGUGACACUGGAACGAUUAUGUGUUGUGACCCGUCUUCCAAGGCGGCAGAAUAUCUUGCGCAGGGAGGAAUCGUGGAGCGUCGGGCAAAGAACGAGUGCUCGGGAGUUAGCAUUGUGGGCACCUUCCAAGGCUGCAGUGCUAAUCAGGAACCCCUCUGCUGCGAAGAAGUCAAUACCAAUGGUCUGGUCAAUCUCAGUUGUUCACCUAUUAACGCCAAUGUAUGAUAACCGAGGAACUUGUAUAUCGGGCGAAGGAAGGAUGAUCGAUGGACCCCGCAGGUUGUAUUAACAAGGACACAUAAUAAUCGAGAGAGUGAAUUUAGAGUUGCGCAUCAACAAAUGGCCUUUGACGGAGUCAACGAGCUCGACAAAUCACCUCCCCAUCCAAAUUUAGUUGCAAAGCUUCUCGUGCCUCCAACCAUUC